UUUGUGCGCUGUCCUGCAGGAUAGGACGUCCCACUUCUUUUGGGGAUUGAGGGGUAGCGGUCAUCUAGCCCUCCCGAUGGCCCUGCAGACAAAGCGUUUUGAGAUGCAGCCUCCGAAGGGGGUGGAAGAAGCAAGUUCCCAGAAUGCUUAGCCAAACGAGUAACGAGUGGUGUCCCAUUUCCUAUUUCAACCCGUACCCCUUGUAGCUUGGUUCUGUAGGGCCUCUACCAAUUCAAAGGCACUCCAAGACUAGCGCCAGGGUAAGGCCAAGGGGGGGAAUCGGGAUUGGGCCUAUGAGUUCUAAAGCAGUCAGGCUGACAGGGCAUUUUUUAGUUAGUUACUCAAACUGGAAAGUUUUGAUGAAUUUGUUGAAUAUAAAUGCAUGGUAAAUAAGGACCGUGUUAAUGGAAUGGUGUUUUCAGUGCCAGCUAGUUAAGGGAGAUGAGCCAAACAUCCAAGGAGUAAUUAUUCAGCCCCUGUUACUGCAGGAGUUUGGAAGACUGCCAUCUUAAUACUAUUCUUCCCCUGGACCUUUGUUUUUCUUAAUGGCAGCAUUGUUUAAUAAAUGGGUGCACAAGAGCAAUUUUACCCUUACUUUGUUUGUUUAAAUAAUAGCCACUUAGUAAUGCUGCAAAUGUGCAAAGCAAACUUCCCAACACAUUCCGUCUCCCCCAUACUCCCCCUCAUCGCACUCUAUCAGGGACUUUGACUGUUCAGCUUCAGUUGUGGCUCUCCCAUUUGGGAUUCAUCAUUCAUUAGUGUCAGGGACGUAUGUGACGCAAGUGACAGCCACAGAUGCAGAUGACCCUACCUAUGGAAACAGUGCUAGAGUGGUAUACAGCAUCCUCCAUGGCCAACCGUACUUCUCUGUAGACCCUAAAACCGGAGUUAUAAAGACGGCCUUGCCCAAUAUGGACAGAGAGGUGAAGGAACAGUACCAGGUAUUAAUCCAGGCCAAGGACAUGGGGGGCCAACUAGGGGGGCUGGCCGGGACCACCACUGUCAACAUCACCCUCAGCGAUGUCAACGAUAACCCGCCCAGGUUCUCUAAAAGUUUCUUUCACCUGAGAGUUCCUGAGUCCUCCGCAGUGGGGUCGGCUGUGGGGAGAAUCAAAGCCCAUGACUUGGACAUCGGGAAAAAUGCCGAAGUAGAGUACACCAUUGUGCCAGGAGAUGGAGGCGCCAUGUUUGACAUCGCCACCAGUGAACACAACCAAGAGGGGAUCAUCAUUCUCAAAAGGCCCCUGGACUAUGAAACCAAGAAGGCGUACACCUUUAAGGUAGAUGCCUCCAAUGCUCAUCUGGAUCCACGAUUUCAGAGCUUUGGGGCCUUCAAAGACACAGCAACGGUGAAGAUUAACGUCUUGGAUGUGGAUGAGCCCCCGGUGUUCAAUAAGCACUCGUAUGUGAUGGAUGUGUAUGAGGACACACCUGCGGGCACCAUCAUUGGAGCGGUGACGGCACAGGAUUUAGAUGCCGGCAGCAGUCCAGUCAGGUAUUCCAUCGACUGGAAGAGUGACCUGGACAGCUACUUUGAUAUCGAUCCGGUGGAGGGAACGAUUUCCACGAACGAACUCCUUGACAGAGAGAGCAUCGCACAGCACAAUAUCUCCAUCGUGGCGACCAAACUUAAUAGUCCAGUUCUGACCAGUCGGGUGGCCGUCACCGUUCACGUGCUGGACAUCAACGAGUUCCCCCCUGAACUCGCCAGUCCCUACGAGACCUUUGUGUGUGAAAACGCCAAAAUGGGACAGGUGUUUCAAACCUUCAGCGCUAAAGAUCAGGAUCUACCGACUUCUGGGCAACAGUUCUCCUUCAAAUCACCGAAGGAAGAUAUAAAGAACAACAAGAAUUUCACCAUCCGGGACUUUGGAAAUAACACAGCUGGAAUUGUGACGAAGCGGAGUGGCUUUAGACGGCGAUUACAGGAGAUCUAUUUCCUUCCCGUGGUGAUUGAAGAUAAUGGCUACCCACCCAAGAGCAGCACAGGCACCCUGACCAUCCGUGUGUGCGGCUGCGAAUCAGAUGGAUCCCUCUUAACGUGCAGCGCCGAGGCCAUCUUUCUCCCUGUGGGUCUCAGCACGGGGGCUCUCAUUGCCAUCCUUCUAUGUAUCAUCAUCUUGUUAGUUAUUGUGGUCCUCUAUGUGGGCUUGAGACGGCAGAAGAAAAAGGAAACCCUCAUGUCAUCCAAAGAGGACAUCCGGGAUAAUGUGAUCCACUACGAUGACGAAGGAGGGGGCGAGGAGGACACUCACGCAUUUGACAUGGGGACACUUCGCAAUCCCAAGGUUAUCAAAGAGAACCUGUACCGCAGGGACGUCAAACCUGAGAUGAAGAGAGAUCCCAGGCCACCUGUCUCUCAGGACAGCGCUGACAUCCGAGAUUUCAUCAACCAGCGUCUAAAAGAGCACGACAUCGACAACUCAGCCCCUCCCUAUGACUCCCUGGCCACAUAUGCUUACGAGGGCGACGGCUCUGUAGCCGAGUCGCUCAGCUCCAUCCAGUCCCUCACCAUAGACCUCGAGGAGGACUACGAUUACCUCAACGACUGGGGGCCCCGCUUUAAGACGUUGGCAGGGAUAUUUGGGGAACAGUCAGAAACUCAGUCAGACUCAACAACCACAGAGAACACACACUGAUGUUAUUCACAGACUCAAAAAGCAAGUAUACAACAAUGUUCUUUUGGUUGGCGACACACAAUGUUUCAGCAUUGUUUUCCUCUCAUGUUAUCUGUUUCAUCUUUUUCCAGCUCACUGUUUUCUUUUUUAUGUGGUACUUUACCAUGCUCAGUCCCAAAAUUGUAAAAAUCGAAGGAACAUACGGUAACAUGAUUAGAUGAGCAAAGCAGCCAUUCAAUUAAAAUUAAAUUGAAUGUUAUUUCUUGUCUUACAUUUUGGUAUUACAUUCCUCUUGGGGAAUACGCGUACACACGGAAAUGUUGUCAUUUCCUACAACAUCCUUAAAAGUGCCUCAAUAUAAUUGUUCUUUCACUUGCUAUUUCAUUGCCACAUAUCCAGUGUUGCUCCUUAGAACCCCAUAGGUUAAACUGAUUCGGUCAGCAUACAGCACUGUGCUCUGACUGGCCCAGGCAUCUACCAAGAUCAAUGUCAACUCUGUGGGGACAAUGAAGUGGCCUGAGUUUGGCCAAAGAUGUUUUGAAUGUUAUUUAUUGUUCUAUUUAUUUAUUGGCUGAUUGAGUUUGAUUAGAUUUUUGUGUAUUUAUCUAUUUAUCUCUCAGUCAUCAAUCUGUAUUUUUUAUUUUUUGAGACACUCAAGUAAUUUUGUAAUUAAUCAAGGCCCACAUGAAAAUGUAUGUUUCUGUUAGGUGGGUCCUGUGAAUAGACUUGUACUAGAGUUGUAAAAAGAUAAAUUAGGGCUAAAUACAGCAGUUCAGUCAUGUAAUAAACACUGUUUUCUUAAA